GCAACAGUCACAACACUCAAUGUAACAGACAGACUAGUAACUGCAACAGUUACACCACUUAAUGCAACAGUCACAACACUUAAUGCAACAGACAGACAGUUAACUGCAACAGCUACACCACUUAAUGCAACAGUUACACCCCUUAAUGCAACAGUCACAACACUCAAUGUAACAGACAGACUAGUAACUGCAACAGUCACGAUACCCAAUGCAGUCAUGACACCCAAUGCAAGUGUCACAACGCUCAAUGCAACAGUCACAAUACUCAAUACAAAAGACAGACUAUUAACUGCAACAGCUAAACCACUCAAUGCAACAGUCACAACACUCAAUGUAACAGACAGACUAGUAACUGCAACAGUACCACCACUUAAUGCAAGAGUCACAACACUCAAUACAACAGUCACAACACUUAAUGCAACAGACAGACUAUUAACUGCAACAGUUACACCACUUAAUGCAACAGACAGACUAUUAACUGCAACAGCUACACCACUUAAUGCAACAGUCACAACACUCAAUGUAACAGACAGACUAGUAACUGCAACCGUUACACCACUUAAUGCAACAGUCACAACACUUAAUGCAACAGACAGACUAUUCACUGCAACAGUUACACCACUUAAUGCAACAGUCACAACACUCAAUACAACCGACAGACUAUUAACUGCAACCGUUACACCACUUAAUGCAACAGUCACAACACUCAAUACAACAGUCACAACACUCAAUGUAACAGACAGACUAGUAACUGCAACAGUUACACCACUUAAUGUAACAGUCACAACACUUAAUGCAACAGACAGACUAUUCACUGCAACAGUUACACCACUUAAUGCAACAGUCACAACACUCAAUACAACAGUCACAACACUCAAUGUAACAGACAGACUAGUAACUGCAACAGUUACACCACUUAAUGCAACAGUCACAACACUUAAUGCAACAGACAGACUAUUCACUGCAACAGUUACACCACUUAAUGCAACAGUCACAACACUCAAUACAACCGACAGACUAUUAACUGCAACCGUUACAACACUUUAUGCAACAGACAGACUAUUAACUGCAACAGCUACACCACUUAAUGCAACAGUCACAACACUCAAUACAACAGUCACAACACUCAAUGUAACAGACAGACUAGUAACUGCAACAGUUACACCACUUAAUGCAACAGUCACAACACUUAAUGCAACAGACAAACUAUUUACUGCAACAGUUACACCACUUAAUGCAACAGUCACAACACUCAAUACAACCGACAGACUAUUAACUGCAACCGUUACACCACUUUAUGCAACAGACAGACUACUAACUGCAACAGCUACACCACUCAAUGCAACAGUCACAACACUCAAUACAACAGUCACAACACUCAAUGUAACAGAUAGACUAUUAACUCCAGCAGUUACACCACUUAAUGCAACCUUUACCACACCUAAUGCAACAGUCAAAACACUCAAUGCAACAGUCACAACACUCAAUGUAACAGACAGAGUAUUAACUGCAACAGUUACACCCCUUAAUGCAACAGUCACAACACUCAAUGCAACAGUCACAACAUUCAAUGCAACCGACAGACUGUUAACUGCAACAGUUACACCCCUUAAUGCAACAGUCACAACACUCAAUGCAACAGUCACAACAUUCAAUGCAACCGACAGACUAUUAACUGCAACCGUUACACCCCUUAAUGCAACAGUCACAACACUCAAUGCAACAGACAGACUAUUAACUGCAACCGUUACACCACUUAAUGCAACAGUCACAACACUCAAUGCAACAGACAGACUAUUAACUGCAACCGUUACACCACUUAAUGCAACAGACACAACACUCAAUGUAACAGACAGACUAUUAACUGCAACAGUUACACCACUUAAUGCAACAGUCACAACACUCAAUGCAACAGUCACAACACUCAAUGUAACAGACAGACUAUUUACUGCAACAGUUACACCACUCAAUGCAACAGUCACAACACUCAAUGUAACAGACAGACUAUUUACUGCAACAGUUACACCACUCAAUGCAACAGGCACAACACUCAAUGUAACAGACAGACUAUUAACCGCAACAGUUACACCACUUAAUGCAACAGUGACACCACUUAAUGCAACAGUGACACCACUCAAUGCAACAGUCACAACACUCAAUGUAACAGACAGACUAUUUACUGCAACAGUUACACCACUCAAUGCAACAGUCACAACACUCAAUGUAACAGACAGACUAUUUACUGCAACAGUUACACCACUCAAUGCAACAGUCACAACACUCAAUGUAACAGACAGACUAUUAACCGCAACCGUUACACCACUUAAUGCAACAGACACAACACUCAAUGUAACAGACAGACUAUUAACUGCAACAGUUACACCACUUAAUGCAACAGUUACACCACUUAAUGCAACAGUGACAACACUCAAUGUAACAGUUACACCACUUAAUGCAACAGACACACAAUUAAAUACCACAAUGUACAUGUUUAAUGUCACAACUUUAAAUGCAACAACUGUUUUUCCUAAUAUAUCGUAUUCCAAUGCAACAACCCCACUGUUGAACACAACACAGCUGAGUACAGCACACCUUCCAGUCAACACAACCAUCUUCAACACAACAGAAAUUCCAGUGAAUGUAACUAUUUACAAUGAAACUAUUGUUGACCGUAGUAUCAACACAACUGAGACCCCCAACAACACAUCACGAUUUAGUACAACAUUAAGCCCUGCAGUUAACACAACACAGUUUAACACCAGCCAGUCAAACACCACCGAGAUACACACAACCCUCUACAACACAACAGAAAUGCCAGUGAAUGUAACCAUUUACAAUGUAACUGCUGUUGACCGUAGCAUCAACACAACUGAGGCCACCACCAACUCAUCACAAUUUAUUACAACAUUAAGCCCUGCAGUUAACACAACACAGUUUAACACCAGCCAGUCAAACACAACAGAGAUACACACAACUACCUUCCCAACAACAAAAAACAUUUCCAGUGUGCCUGUUACAACCAAUCUAACACAAUUAAACAACUCAACAGAAAAGGUUGAAACUAACACAACUGCUGUGCCAACGAUACAGCCAGUCUCUACUCACAACACCUCCAAUUCCUCAAUAACCGCUUCACCUGGGCAUCACAUUACUGCAACAACCAGCAGAAAAAAUACAUCUGUGCCAACCACAGUCAAGGCAACAGCAACAACCGAAAGUCCAGGCGCACUGGCUAACAACCUUCUUAAUCAAACCAAAGAUGUGUCUUCUUUAAACUCAACUCAAGUGAAUGAUUUGGUCAACCAGUUAGAAAAACUGCUUUCUGCACCCAAUAUUAGUCUGGAAGUGGGCAGAGCAAUGCUGUCUGUCAUCAACAACCUGCUAAAUGGCUCUUCAAACAGUCUGAGUUCCUCAUCCAACCGAUUAAUCAAAGUCGUGGAUAGUUUGGGUCUGAAACUGGUGAUUCAAGACCAGACCGUAAACAUGGCAUUUGAAUCACUUGCUUUGGCCGUUACCAAAGCUGACGGCACCAACUUCAAGACGACAUCAUUCGCAGUUGCAGAUCCAUUAAACCCACAGGUGACGAAAGGAUUGAGAGAAGCGAGAGCCGUGGAAAGUUCCUCCCCUCUUGGCAAAAUAACGCUGCCAGCGUCCCUUACAGAAAAUCUUUCUCUAGGGGAGCAGAAGAUGGCCUCCAGAAUCCAGUUCACUUUCUUUCAGAAAAGCACAUUUUUUCAGGAUAAAAAGACUCAACUUAUUUUAAACAGCCACGUUCUGGGCUCGAGUGUGGCUAACCUUUCCAUCAAAAACCUGAAGGAGAACGUUGUGUUCACUCUGAGAAAUACGCAACCUGUUGCGGGGAACUAUGUAGCCUCUUGUGUGUUUUGGGACUUUGAAACUAAUGGAGGUUCAGGAGGUUGGAAUUCUGACGGCUGUUUUGUUGUCAAGAACAGCAGUACUGUGAACGAGACCGUCUGCAGCUGUAAUCACCUGACCAGUUUUGCAGUGCUAUUAGACAUUAGCCGGCAGGGAAUACAGGACCGUGUGCAGGCCACAAUCCUCACCUUCAUCACUUACAUCGGCUGUGGAAUCUCUGCUAUCUUUAUCGCAGUUACUUUGCUCACUUACCUCGGGUUUGAAAAAAUCCGCCGUGACAUUCCCUCCAAGAUCUUGAUUCAUCUGUGUUUUGCUCUGCUCUUUCUGAACCUGAUCUUCCUGGUGGACUCAUGGCUGGCUCUGUUUCAAAAUGCCGUUGGCCUGUGCAUUUCUACGGGAUUUUUCCUGCACUACAUCCUGUUGGUCUCCUUCACCUGGAUGGGUCUCGAGGCUCUGCAUAUGUACAUGGCCAUCGUCAAGGUCUUCAACAACUUUAUGAGCAGAUACAUGCUCAAGAUGUCCUUGGUGGGCUGGGGACUCCCGUUAAUUGUUGUUAUCAUUGUGAUCGCAAUAAACAAGGACCACUAUGGCCUUGUACAGUAUGGAAAAUUUGUGGACGGAACUACAGAUGAUUUCUGUUGGAUUAAGAAUCAAUGGGUGUUCUACGUGACCGUGGUGUCAUACUUCUGUGUGAUAUUCGUGUGGAACCUGUCCAUGUUUGUGGUGGUAAUGGUGCAACUGAUACGAAUCAAGAAGCAAAAUCCCCACAAUAAUCAGUACCGGAGCGGACUGCAAGAACUUCGGAGCGUCGCGGGACUCACUUUUCUGCUGGGUCUUACCUGGGGCUUUUGCUUCUUCGCCUGGGGACCCGUCAACUUGGCUUUUAAUUACCUGUUUGCCAUCUUUAAUUCCCUUCAAGGUUUCUUUAUCUUUGUGUUCCACUGCGCUCUAAAGGAAAAUGUCCGUAAACAGUGGAGAAUGUACCUCUGUUGUGGGUGCUUACGAUUGCCUGAAAAUUCAGACUGGAGUCGGACAUUGACAAAUAAAGGAAAGAAAUCUUCAGUUUCCACAGCAGUCUUUACUGAUUCUGAUGUUCACAGCGCCCCUCGGAGCUCAGUGAGCAGUGAUGAAUCACUGCCGCCGUAUAAUGGCAUCGGCUCACCGAUGGAAGAUAAUCUGAUCAUUGCUGAAGAAACAAACGAUGUAAUCGACAACGAGAUCAACAGUCAUCUUCGAUCACGAUUCAGACCUGCGUAGCAUACAGUAUGUUAAGAGGAUUGGUGAUGGAAAAAACAUUUUAAUAUUGAGCCAAGCUGCUCGGUACUAUUCAUAGGAGGAUAGCGAGCAAGGACUUAUGGGAUACGAUGCUUAGAAAAUCCCAUAUUACUGGGAAGUGUGGAAACAUUAUUGGAUCCCACUUCUGCAACUUUAAGAUUUUUUUUAAGGACUCCAAUAUAAUUUCAAAACAGUAUUAAACACCUCAUUUUCUUGCUUUCCAAAAACAUACAAAUGUACAAUGAGAGCUUAUUUUAAUGCAUCUAAAAACAUCAAAGGAAUGUAUGAAGGACUACGUUUAAAAUAAGAGUAUUUCACAAUUUUCUUAUCUUUAUUUCUGACUUUAAACCUGUAUGGAACUAGCAAAAAUGUUGAAGUGUAGUUGUUUUGGUUUAGUUUUUUUUUUUUUUUUUUUUGUAGCACAAGUAUGGAAAAUGUGCUUAUAUUAUUGGAAAAAAAACAUAUUUCUAAAAUUAAAUUUGUUUAGUACUAUAUGAAGUAACAGUCACUUUAAAACUGUAUUUACUGUAACUUGUUCAC